AUGUUGACCGUUUGGAAAGAAAUUAAACAAAAUCUUGUCGAAUAUCGAGAUGCACCGAAUAAUAAACAAUCAAACUAUCUGACAAAUUUAAUCAAUCAAUGCGAAAUUUUUUAUGAUAGUUUGACUACUGCUACUGGGAAGAAUAAGGACAACGUAAAUUUAGUUACUAUCGCUAUCACAUAUUCAUUAAUGCAUCUUGCUAUUUUGAAAGAGGCAUGCACUAGCCAUAAGGGACUAUUUAAUUCUUAUGAUAAGGAAUUACGAGAAAAAGUCGAAGGUUAUAAAAAAUAUUUUAUAGAAAUCUAUUCUAAAUGGGGAAAUUGGCGCAAAGAUUGUAUCCAAGUAAAGAAGAAUAAGGAUGUUCCUUACGAAGCUUAUGAUAACUUAAUUGAUCAAGCGGUUACUUAU